AUGUAUCUUAAACAUUGUUUUAUAAUGUAGUCUUUCCCACAUUGGCUACGUUCCUCAGAAAAGAGAGCAUUUCACAACACUAUGGGCGAAGUGAACUGUUAUGUUAGUGGUGAGAAUGCUACUCCCAUGACUAGCUGAAAAACAUUUGGCCGUAGCCUGGAGUUCAUGCGCAGGUUAAGUGCACAUGUGGAGAAUUCCAGACAUAUCUCCUCCCAUCUCUCUGCUCGGUCUCUCUGAGCUGAUCUCUCGUUUCUGUACCUGAGCCAUAAGAGUCAACAAAGACCAGAACACCAAACAAACACAAGCCCGGGGACCAGAAAGGGCUCUUUGUGAGCGGGGGGCGAUAAUAGAACCAGAUGGCACAGGGUUUGGAAUGACCACACUGCUUUUAAAAUGACGCUGAUGACUACAUUUCCCAGAAAUCCUAAUUCUGCUGUUCUGCAAGCCUAUGUGUCCUCCAGCCACCAGAUGGCGCUGCCCAGUCCCAACACCAACAGCAGCAGCUCGAGUAGUGCGGGAGGCGGGGAACAGCUGAGCAAAACCAACCUGUACAUCCGUGGCCUACAUCCGGGGACCACUGACCAAGACCUUGUCAAGCUCUGCCAACCGUAUGGAAAGAUUGUGUCCACCAAGGCUAUUCUGGACAAAACUACCAACAAGUGCAAAGGCUAUGGCUUUGUGGAUUUUGACAGUCCUGCAGCAGCACAGAAGGCUGUGACGGCGCUCAAGGCCAGCGGGGUUCAAGCUCAGAUGGCCAAGCAACAGGAACAGGACCCUACCAACCUGUACAUCUCUAACCUGCCCAUGUCCAUGGACGAGCAGGAGCUGGAGGCCAUGCUCAAAUCCUUCGGUCAGGUGAUUUCCACACGGAUCUUACGGGACGCCAGUGGAACCAGCAGAGGCGUAGGAUUCGCAAGGAUGGAAUCCACAGAGAAAUGUGAAGCCAUCAUUCAGCAUUUUAAUGGAAAAUAUAUCAAAACCCCACCUGGAGUGCCAGUACCUACAGAACCGUUGUUGUGCAAGUUUGCUGACGGAGGACAAAAGAAGCGACAAAACCAAGCAAAGUACCUACAGAACGGCCGAGCCUGGCCUAGAGAUGGUGAAACGGGAGGAAUGACGCUCACGUAUGACCCAGCGGCCUUACAGAACGGGUUUUAUUCUCCACCGUACAGCAUCACUCCAAACCGAAUGAUCGCUCAGACCUCUCUGUCUCCAUACAUGCCCUCACAAGUACCAUCCUACCAGGUGCACAGCCCGUCCUGGAUGCAUCAUCAGUCGUACCUCAUGCAGCCCACCGGGGCCGUUCUGACUCCAGCUAUGGAUCACCAGAUGUCCAUUCAGCCCACGUCUAUGAUCGGACCCCUGACCCAGCAGCUCGGUCACCUGUCGCUCGGCAGCGCUGGCACGUAUAUACCUAACGCAGCUAUGCAAGGAUCGUAUAUCCCUCAGUGCACCCCAGUGCCUCCCUCUACUGUUACAUUAGAGGAAAACAGUGGACAGCAGCAGCAGCUUUCCAUGGAGACGCCUUCAGAACACACUAAUUAUUCCUAUCAGCACAGCAAAUGAAGCUACGGUCCUCUGGAGGUGCUGCUCCGCGCUCUGGACACUCGGGGUUUACCACAGACAGAGUCCCAGAGCAAUCCGGAUCUUUUGUAGGACAUCACUCAUCUUUUGUUCGACUCCUCUCUCUCUUCAGGAGUCACUCAGCCAACGGCGGGAGACUGUGCAAAAGAGCUAGCAAUCUUUCAUCUAUUUUGAUAACAAAACCAAAAAAAAACAAAACAAAA